CUAGGCCUCGAUCAUGAUUGGGGCCAAAGACGUUUCCUUCCUCCCAAUCGAACUUGCCGCUCAAGCCAAGCAGAUGGAUGCGGAGUUGUGUAAAAUUACAGUUAUCCGCGGCUAAUUAUUAUAUGCAAUCCAUGCUGACCCCCGCGUUGCAUGUCGGAACCCACCCAUGCGGCUGCCAAUGGGCACAGUCCCGGUCUUUCCGAACCGUUCCUUGAUCCCCAUCAUGGUAGCAUUAUCGACGGAGUGCAGGCUGAAAGUUGACUGACCGGGAAACAGGGUAGCUUAAACCAACAAGGGUCAAUUAGCAGGUAAGAUUUCGGGGAUUUAACCACGGGGCAUUUAUAAUGUACCCUUUCCCACACGGCCCGGACGGAAAUAAAGGUGACGGCGUGAACCUGGAAAAGCUGACAGUUGGCGUGUUCGACGGCAAAAAGAAACACCAAGAUGCACUCACUUUCACGCCACGCCAUUUCGCUGUGGGCAGCAUGGAGCUUUCUCCAGCCCGCUGCGGCCCGCUGCGGCCCAGCCGUGGAGAAGGCGGAUCUUUUCGCCUGGGAGAAGGUGCAGCUCACCGACGCCACACUCCAGGGCCUCGAUGACAAUGUCGCCCGACUGUUCGCGUUCUACAACGCAACGGCCCCGACUGGUCCUCGUCACGAGUGCAAGGUGUUCCCCGGGGACGCAGACUGGCCGGAAGACUCGGUCUGGAGCAAGUUCAACGAGCUUGCCGGCGGGCAGCUGUUGCAUCCGCGCCCGGAGGCAUCCGUGUGCUACGAGGGGCCUACCUUCGACACCGCGGCCUGCGACGUCCUGACGGCCAAUUGGACUAACUCGUAUGAGCGGAUGAAGGACCCGCUGGAAGUCUUCUGGCCGACCGAAGUCGGCUUGACAUGUCUGCCCCCGGCUGUCAUAGAGACCAAUGGAUGCACCCAAGGGGGCUACCCGGUCUAUGUAGUCAACAUCACGAACGUGGCCCAGAUCCAGCUCGCCGUCAACUUUGCCCGCAACACUGGCGUACGCUUUGUGAUCAAGAACACGGGCCACGACUUCAUGGGCAAGAGCUCUGGUGCAGGGGCACUAUCCGUCUGGACUCAUAACCUCAAGGACAUUGUCUUCUACGGCAACUAUUCCGCCCCGGGAUAUAACGGACCAGCGUUCAAGGUUGGCGCCGGUGUCCAACUCUUUGAGAUUUACAAGGUCGCGCGGACGAAGGGUCUCAUGGUUGUCGGAGGUGAAGGCCAGACCAUCGGAGCAUUCGGCGGCUACACCCAAGGAGGCGGACACUCCCCCCUCUCCAGCCUCUACGGCCUCGGUGCAGACCAAGUCCUCGCCAUCGAGGUCGUGACGCCUGACGGGCGAUUCGUCUCUGCCACCGCCGACGGCCCCCACUCGGACCUCUUCUGGGCGAUGCGCGGCGGCGGCGGCGGCACCUACGGCGUGGCGACGUCGAUGGUGAUCCGGGCCUACCGCGACGUGGCCGUCACGGCGUCGACCUUCACCAUCGACUCGGCCGCCCUGGGCCUCAGCGCCGACACCUUCUGGGCCGUCGUCGACUCCUUCUUCAGCCACUUCCCGCGCUUCGUCGCCGCCGGCACCUACUCGUACCUGCACCUUACCUCGGACCCGCUGCCCUCGCUCAACAUAGGGCCCUUCUUCGCCCCGGGCCUCGACAUCGCGCAGUCCGUGGAAUUGAUCGCCCCCUUCCUCAGCGACCUCGCCGCGCUGGGCAUCGACUUCGAGCCCGAGUGGAUCCACUACGAGUCCUUCUACGACGCCUGGCUGGCCUCCUUCCCGCUCGAGCUAGUCGAGCUCCCCCGCUUCGCCAGCAGCUCGCGCCUCUGGCCGCGCCCCAUCUGGGACGACGCCGCCGAGCGGGGCCCCAAGUUCCGGGCCAUGAUGGACGCGAUCCGCUACACCGUGGAGGAGCACGGCAUCUUCCUGAACGGGUUCCACAUGGGGCCGCGGGGCCCCGCGGGGUGGGACGCCGACGCCGACUCGAUACCCGACAACGCCGUCACCCCGGCCUGGAGGGACACGUACUGCCACCUCAUCGCCGGCACGGGCUGGGGCCCCGACACCACGGACGAGGAGCAGAUGGCCCUGCGGUUGGAGUUCACCAACGUCUACAUGAAGCGCUGGAGGGACGCGAGCCCCGGCGGCGGCAGCUACAUGAACGAGGCCGACCGCCUGGAGCCCGACUUCCAGCAUUCGUUCUUCGGUAGCCACUAUGAGCGGCUGCUGGAGAUCAAGCAGAAGUAUGAUCCCGAGGAGGUCUUCUGGGCGGUGACCGCUGUUGGGAGCGAUGCUUGGGCUGUGCGCAGUGUUGAUGGACUGCCCAACGAGAACGGCAAGCUCUGUAGGGUUGACUAGGCGGAAGAGGGAGCCUGAAGGGAAUUGAGUUUAUAGAAUCAAGCCAGAUAGCGAUGGGAAUGAUCUCAAUUCCUCGCACGGACCAUAUGGCCGUACACGACGGAGUGAAAAACGGCCGUACACUGAGUGGAGCUCUAGUUAUAUGGCAAGAAAAGGGUUGGGCUGUACAACCCUUUACAAAAGCGAUACGUAGCCAGUGAUGAUGACAGGAUAUUUGUUUGUGCUGAAACAA